AUGACGAAACGGAAGGUCCAAGAGGCGGAAGCCUCCCCGGAUCUGAAAAGAUCCAAGGUAGCGGCGCUGGAAGACACCGGUUGGAUGGGAGGGAAAGCUGCCAGCGACGACGACGACUACGAUGAUACUGCCAGCAAUUCCGGCUCGACCGCCGACGCCGAGGUGGAAUCUGUCAUGACAGGCCAGACCUCCGUCACCACUCGAUCCCGCAAAUUCCCCUCAGAUCUCAAGACCAUCCCAUGCACGUAUCCAGACUGCGACAAGACGUUCAACCGGCCCGCCCGCCUGGCCGCCCACCUCCGUUCCCACACGGAUGACCGACCGUUCAAGUGCACCUACCCCGGCUGCGACAAAGACUACCGCGAGGAGAAGCACCUCCGCCAGCACGUCAAGGGCUCCCACACCCAGGAGCGGGCCUACGUCUGCACCCACGAAGACUGCGGCAAGUCCUUCCUGACGGCGACGAGACUGCGCCGUCACCAGGACGUCCACGCAGGCCAGGAGCGCUUCCGGUGCCGCGACUUCCCGCCGUGCGCCCAGAGCUUCCGCAAGCACAACACCCUCCAGCGACACAUCCGGUCGGAACACCUGGGCACGCACGCAUACCCGUGCACGGCACCCGGCUGCGGCGCCGGCUUCGACUCCCAGGGGGCUCUCCGGAACCACACCAAGCGCGACCACAGCGAACCGCAGUUCUGGUGCGAAGAAUGCGGCGGCGGCGACGGCGAGACAAAGGUCGGCUUCACGUCCAUCUCGCUGCUCCAGGCACACAUUCGUAAGGAACACCUCAACUGCAUCUUCUGCGAGUACAAGUGCACCGGGCAGUGGGAGCUGGAGAGGCACGUCGAGAUGCGCCACUCGGGCAUCCCCGUCGACGCCCGCAAGACGGUCCCCUGCACGUGGGAGGGCUGCGACAAGAAGUUCACAAAGAAACACAAUCUCACCGUCCACAUCCGCACCGCGCACGAAGGAUUCCGCUUCGUCUGCGGCGAGGUCGACGUCGCAGGCUCCCCUGACCUGGAGACCUGGUCCAACGACCAGGGCUGCGGCGGAGGCUUCGUCACAAAGGCCAACCUCGAGGACCACAUCCGCUAUGUCCACCUGGGUUUGGAACGUCCGGUGCCGAACCAGAAGCCACCCAACAUCAUUGACGAUCUCGCCGGCACCAAGCGCACGAUCCUCUGCACAAUACCCGGCUGCGGCGCCCGCUUCAUCCGCCACCACGACCUCCAAGUCCAUCUCGAGGACCAUCCUCCACCGGUGGGGGCCGCCGGCGACGGUGACCCGCAGAUGGACAUCGACGCAGCCCUCGCCAGCUUCGCAGCAGGCAACCCCAACGGCGAAGCCGACCUCGCGCCCUUUGACGGCAACCGCGAGAUGCCGGAACUACCCCUAUACGGCAUCAUCCCCGGCGUCACAGACUUUGUAGGCGGCGACCCAGGUGGGCCGAACGACGACUUCUGGAUCGGUGCCGCCGACGACUUUGGCACGCCGCCGCAGACGUGGCAGGAGGAAGAAGCAGCCAUGCGCGCGCUCAUCGACGAGGACUUUUCCCAGUUUGUCGACCCUGCGCUAGGAAACAUCGUCUGA